AUGACUCGUUCACUAAAUCUGGGCCAGCGGGAUUUUUUGCAGCAUAUAACAUACUUCUUCAAUACAGCUUCGGCUUCGACCCCUCCUAUACACGCAUUUAUAAGUGGAGGAACAGGAGUAGGGAAUAGCGUAUACCAGAGUGUGUCUCAUGUCUUCAACAGAGAAGCAGGUUCUAAUCCAGAUGAUAUUCGAAUACUUCUUUGCGCACCAACUGGAAAAGCAGCUUUCGGUAUUGGAGGUCAAAUAAUACACAGUGCAUUUGCUUUACCUGUUUCUCAAGCGGGUUAUUCAAUGCCAAACUUGUCAGCAAGUGUAAGUAAUACACUAGCCUGUAAGUUGGCUAAAUUAAAACUCAUUAUUAUAGAUGAAAUUUCUAUGGUUGGGGCUCGGACAUUUCACCAGAUAAAUCUAAGAUUGCAGCAGAUAUUCUGUACACACGAAUACUUCGGUGGGGUGUCAGUAAUUGUUGUUGGGGAUUUUAGGCAAUUACCGCCAGUUGGGGACAAUUGGAUUUUCCAACCUAAUCAUUCAAGGAAUCCUUUAGCUAGUUUAGCAGGUUCACCAUUAUGGGAACUUUUCAAAUUUUUCGAAUUGAAAACUAUUAUGCGUCAAAGAAGUGAUGCACCUUUUGCGAUUGCCUUGAAUAACAUAGCCUCUGGGACAAUGACAGAUAAUGAUCUGCUUUUAAUGAAGGCAAGGUGUUUCAAACAGGAAGACAUUCCCCCCGGUGCCGUUCAUUUGUUUCACAGCAAUAAGCAUACUUGUGCAUAUAACGAACUGGUUCUUGGGAAAAUGAAACCAGAAGGUGCAAUCGUUAUUGCUCUAGAUGAGGUGUUUGGUGAGCCGAACAUUUCGGCUAAACACAAAGCUCUUCAGAAUGUUGCGUUACUCCCAACAUCUCAAACAUAUGGUCUACCACAUAAGUUGUUACUAAAAGUAGAUGCGCGUUAUAUGCCACCGUCAUUACAUUGA